UAGAGCGGAUGCGGUACUGGAAAGGAAGAACAUGGCAACGUACCCUAAAAAUCCACAGGACAGUGAAACGACACCAAAGGAAAAUAUUCCAGGGGUGCCCGAUUACGGGUGGCGAGUGAAACUAGAUUAUGAAUGCAAAACGAAAUGUACCCCUUUCACAAAACCUCGGUUGAGUCAGAUACCAUCACUAAUAGGACUGUCACUAAGAUAUAUGAAAGUAUGGGUGAAGACACGACGACAAGGGAGACGAUUAUUCAUCGACCACCUGGACCAAGUAGAGCACAAAUCCAUGUAUGGUUGCCCCCUAGGAGGGAUAGGGUGUGGCACAGUGGGACGAGGAUUCCGAGGAGAAUUCUGUCGCUUCCAGAUGUUACCAGGGUUAUAUGAGCACCAGACUGUCCAGGCAAACCAGUUUAUCCUGUGUAUUCGUAAGAAUGGUAAAACAGUGUAUCAGAAGGUCCUGACUGGGCGCAAAGGAAAGCACUUGAAGGCCUGGGAAUGGGGAUUUCCUGCUGCAAAUGCCACUUACCAUGCACUCUACCCACGGGCGUGGACUGUAUAUGACAUUCCUGAGUACAAACUGCGCCUUGUGUGUCGUCAGAUCUCUCCAGUGUUUCCUCAUGACUACAAGGAAACAAGCUUCCCCAUGGGAGUGUUUGCAUGGUCUGUGGAAAAUAAUGGAUCAGAGCCGUUGGAUGUCAGUAUUGUUUUCACUUUUAAAAACGGAACAGGCUCCAAAACUGACUCUGUAGGGGAGUGUCAAAACGAGGCCUUCGAAAGUGAUGCAGAGGGGACUCAAGUUACGGGUGUUCUUAUUCGCCAUUCCUUGCGUGACAUCAAGUGUACUUAUGGGAUAGCUGCUGCCAACAAGGAAGAUGUACAUGUAAGUCACAAGCUGCACUUCGACCCAAAGGGAAAUGGACGUGUGCUUUGGGAUGAUCUAGCAGAAGAUGGACAGCUCAACUCUACCCCAGAGAACCAGAGUAGGGGGAGGGAUAGCGUACCAAAGACAGUGAUUACUCUUUUUUUCCUUCUACUUGUGCGUCUGGUUCGUGCAUUGGCCAACCUCAUCCUCCCCCCAGCUAGUCCAGACAAACCACAGAGAAAGGGACAAGAAUCUGCUGUCGCUGUCUGCUCUCAAGUAACAGUGCCACCAAGUAGCAAGAAGGAAAUGGACUUCACACUUACGUGGGAUAUGCCUGUUGUACACUUUAAAAACAAAGAGAAACUCUAUGGAAGGCGAUAUGGACGCUGGUUUGGGUACAAGAAUGAUGCAUGCCCACGUAUGUGUAGCUAUGCUCUACAACACUAUUCAUCAUGGGAACAGAAGAUAGAGGCAUGGCAGAACCCAAUCUUACAGAAUAGCAAUCUACCAGCUUGGUAUAAGUCUGCAUUGUUCAAUGAGCUGUACUAUGUGAGUGAUGGAGGAACAAUUUGGGCUGACCCUCUAGAAAGGAAGGACGGCGAAUUGUGUAUCAGCAAGGACCCUAGUGAGGCAGCUGUCAUUCAGGAAUACAGCAAGUUUGCCUACUUAGAAGGUCAUGAGUACAGGAUGUAUAACACGUAUGACGUCCACCAUUAUGCCUCGUUCUCUCUCAUCAUGCUGUGGCCUAAGAUACAACUGUCCCUACAGUAUGACAUUGCUAAAGCAGUGAUGUCAGAGGAUGCCACACCCAUCCAGUUCUGUAUGGAAGGAAUGCGAGGCAUCAAAAAGAAGGGCAAUUCGGUACCACAUGACAUUGGAGAUCCAGAGGAUGAACCAUGGACUUGCUUGAAUGCUUACAUCAUCCACCCAACAUGUGAAUGGAAAGAUUUGAACCUAAAGUUUGUCCUUCAGACUUACCGUGACUUCAGUAUAACCAAGGAUGAGGAAUACCUGAGGAACAUGUACCCUGUGGCAAAGACAGUAAUGGAGAUAGCAGAAAAGUGGGAUACAGAUGGCGACGGCUUGAUCGAAAACAGUGGAUUUGCCGACCAAACAUUUGAUGCUUGGUCCAUGACUGGAGCAAGUGCCUACUGUGGUGGUAUGUGGCUGGCUACACUCAGAAUGAUGAUAGAGAUGGGAAAAGUCCUUGGAAAUGAAGAGGAUGUGAAAAAAUACACAGAAAUACUCGACAAAGGCAAGGUGUCCUUUGAAGCAAAGGUCUGGAAUGGAAAGUAUUACAAUUACGACAGUAAUCCAAGUGGUGGACAUCAUGACAGUAUCAUGUCUGACCAGCUGGCUGGACAAUGGUUCCUCACGGCAUCAGGCCUCGCCGACACAUCGAUAUUCCCAGAGGACCAUGUACAAAGUGCUUUGGAGACUGUGUACAAAUUCAAUGUAAAGGGAUUUGGCAAUGGAAAUAUGGGAGCCAUCAAUGGGGCAAGACCAGAUGGUGGACAGGACAUCACCAGUUGUCAGUCAGAGGAAUUCUGGGUGGGUGUGACCUACAGUCUAGGAGCCAACAUGAUACAGCAGGGAAUGGUAGAAGAGGGAUUCCAAACAGCCUGGGGUGCCUACCAUGUUUGCUGGGAAUGGUAUGGACUAGCAUUCCAGACACCUGAAGCCUACAUGAUGGAUAAACACUACAGAUCACUGGGAUACAUGAGGCCACUGGCCAUAUGGUCAAUGCAGUGGGCACUUGAGAAGUUCCAGCCACAGCUCAUGUCCAGUUGAUGAUUAAACCAUCUAAAAUGAUCACACCAUGGUUUAAUGACUUAUUGAUAUAAUGAGUUACCUGUAGACCCAUUGGUGAAUUAGAUUCCAUUGUGUUUAGCACCUAAAGUUGAUUGGCAUAAUUUGCUGAUUUCAU